CUACAUUUCCCAUAAUGCUCAGCGAUCAGAACGUUGAUUAUCCCUGACCGAAGAGCUUGGCUGUUUGCUGCAGAUUGCAAACAGACACCGAUCAGAUUUAUGGAAUGAUUAGGCCUUACAGUCUCUGGCUCUGGACUCCUCAUGCUCUCCCUGUCUGGACUCAGCAUGGCGCAGGAGGAGGAUGAACACAGCCUGGAGGCCAAAUUUGCAGCAGCAGUUAAAGUGAUCCAGAGUUUGCCUGAAGAAGGUCUUUUCCAACUUUCUGAUGACAUGAUGCUGAUGUUCUAUAAAUACUACAGGCAGGCCACGAUGGGCCCAUGUAACAGCCCCAGGCCACUCGGCUUCUGGGACACUCGAGGCAAAGCUGAAUGGGAUGCAUGGAGCUCUCUGGGAAACAUGACAAAGGAGGAAGCCAUGAAGAAUUAUGUAGACCAUAUCCAGCUGAUUUUGGAGACAAUCCCAGUCUCAGAAGAUGUUUCUGAGCUGGUGGAGAAACUUGGUGACUUCUACACAGAGGGAGAAGAAGUGGGUUGGGAAACAGACAAGAGACCCUUCACCAGGCCCUUUGCAGAACACAAAGAGGAGCUGCUUCAAUCAAUUAAGAAGCCAAAGAUGGAAGGCUACGGGGAUCUGUGGGAGGAUAUACAGAACCUGCAGCAGACGGACAGCAGUGUGCAUGGACCCGGUGGGAGACCCGGUGAGCAGGAAGAGGGCAGCGUCAACAGAAGUGAAGUCCAGAGAAAUGAGGAAAGUAGUGUGUGGAGAAGAAGUGAGGAAAACGAGGAGGAGGAGGAGGAGUUUUGGGAUGACAACAUAAAUACAAUGGAUGGAGACAAAGAAAGGGAAGGAGACUGGAGCCCAGACCGGAGGUUUUUAAUGGUGGAUGAUAAAAGAUGGAGAUCUGACCCCAAAGGAUCCAGCAGCAGCAUGGAGCCCAGCAUGUCCUCCCUCACCAACGGCACUCACAGCUCCCUCAACAGUGAGCUGGAGGAGGAGGAACUGGCCUUUAACACAUAUAUGCACAUUAAUGGACCCGUCAGUGAUCCGAGCUAUGCUGCUCCCGGGAAGACCCAUCGACCUGCAGACUCUGAUAAUGAGGAAUUCUGCGACUCAAUGGAGCAUCUGGCAGUGGAAGAGUCUGCAUCAAAAGGCCUGCUAUCAGCAUCAGGCGUCGCCUCGACGAGCCCAAACAGUCUAUGGUUUGAGAGCUACACCACUUUGAAAGAACCUGAGAAUAUCUUCUUAGGAGAUCUAGGAAAACACAACAGCAGCUUAUCCAGAAGGGGAAGAGGUGAUUCUGCAAAAGGUUCUCAAUCACCAAAAAUCACCAGCAACCCUCUGCGGUGCGUCAGCGUCGGUGCUUCCUGUAGCUGUUUGUCGACGAGCAGGCGUCCUGUCGGUGUUACAAGAGGAAACGUGAAAGAGCAAAUAGCCACGGCUCUACUGGGGCUGCAGUGUGACGUGGCCGACGUGCUGCACAGGCUGCAUGCUCUGGAGGAGCGGACGAGGUCACAGUCGAGGUCGUCUUCGCCAAGGCAGGAAGACUCUUCAUCAGUUUCACUAAAGUUCCGGAGGCCAUCCUGGUGGCCGUUUGACUUCUCCCCGCUGACUGUGCUUUUGACCACACUCUGGCCUCUUGUCACCCACUGGCUCGUCCAGCUUUAUUUACAGCGUAGGCGAAGGAAAAUCCCAUGACCUGUCUGACAAUCAACGAGGAUCAGAGAUGCUCUUUCGUUCCUUUGGGGCUUUCUCCAGCUGCAGUCACGGAUGAGUUAAAAAGGGUCAGAUAUGAGUAGGGAAUGAGACUUCUGGCAAUGAAAGGGGUGUUUUUACAACAAAAAAAGGAUGCUGCCUCACAGCUGCAGUGAGAUCAGCAUGAGUUAGUAGUUUAAAACGUAGAUUAGGAAGAGCUGAUUAACCACAGCAACUAGAAUAAAUGAAACAAUCACACUGUAGACGUAGAUCCUAGAGUAAACUAAAGAAGGUGUUCUUUGGGUGGGUUUCAUUUAUCACAUCCACCUUUUAGACUAGGCUUUAUUUUACAAAUGUAAAUAAUACAGGGUCAUUUCUAUCAACACAGUAGGAGGUUUCAAAUAUUUAACAAAAUAUCUGUGUGUAAGUUUGUUUAGUUCAGUGGCUAAUUGUUGACUGCCAUGACUGGAGGCGUGGGAAGUCGGGGAAGCACCAGUUUUAUUUCAGAAAUAAAGGAUGUGUGUGUGUGUCCUACUUAGGGGGAAUUAAGCUGCUUAAAAUGACUGAAUAUUAAGUGAAAACAGAGAAAAAUGUACUCUGUAGCAGUAAAAUGUCAUAAUGGGAAACAAACCUAAAAGUGCAAUAAAAUGCAUUAAUGGAAUAAGCUCUUUAUUUAUAUUCUCGAUGUAAUCCGCUGGUUGUGGGAGUGGUAAAAGCUGCGGGCCUUGCUCUACUCGAUCAGUGUUUCCCAACCUUUUCUGACUUGCCUAAGCCAUUUACACAUAGCUCUUUAGUCAAAAGUGUUGAUGAUUCCCCAAAAGCAGAACGUAAAUGAGAACCCUUUCAGCAAAACUGCCUAACGCUGAACCACGUCUCACUUCCGGUCUGGCUCAUGUGAUUUUUUUUUUUACUUUAUGGCCUAGUCCACACGUAGCCGGGUUUUUUUAAACGAAUAUCCGCCCCUCCAAAAACUUGCAUCCACACCACCUCGUUUAAAAAAUAAACUCUGUCCACACGUACCCGGAUAAAUACGUUGUUAAGGACAUGCCAGACCUGUAGGCGGCAGUACUUCCCCCGUUCUAAACCUCGUCCUUCGUCUGUGGUCUUCCUCUAGGAGCAGUAAUUCCACUUGCAGAAAAAAACCAAGCAAAAAGCGCUUGGACAAUUGAUAAAGCGAGCGCAGCUCUGAGGGCAUCCAUGCUGUCGGCUAGUGUAAACACAGGUCGCACACGUGAUGUCAGCAUUUUUUUUGUCGCGGAAAGUGACGUUGCAAACCUUAAAACUCCGGUUUUGUCUGUCCACACGCAGACACCCAAAACGGAGAAAACGCAGAUCUUCACUUUGGCCGGAGUUUUUAAAAAGAUCCGUUUUCGUGUGAAAAAACUCCGUUUUCGUGUGGAUGACAGGCCAAAACGUAGAAAAAUAUCUACGUUUUGGCAGAUCCCCGGCUACGUGUGGACAGGGCCUAUGACAAUCCUCAUGUUGCGUCCAGAAAAAAUAAAUUCCAUGUGGAAACUUUCCAGAGCUCCGCACCCGGAUCAACACUGCAGCCAGUGUGAAUGCUCUGAUUAGACUUGAUGGUUUCUGAUGUGAACGCCCUCCCUCAGUGCAGCUGCACAGGCCUGCUCUGGUUUCCCUUCAGUCUAUAUGCAUUUGAUGCUCUUUUGAUAGCUGGGUUUGUUAUUUAUUUGGACUAAUAUGACCUCAAAUCUGUAUCCAAAUAUAUUAUUUAUGCAUGUCAAAAUGUUUCUGAGCGUUGUCACAUGAUUUGCAGCUGAACAAAUACUUCUAAAAAGUACAUGAUUUAAUUUGAAGAACAUUUCAUGUGCAAAUCUAAUAAAAACAUACAAAACCUUUCAAAUCA